AUGGCCGCCGACGACAAGGUGGGUUCGCUCGAAGAGCAGGCCUUGAAGCGCAAAGAACGCCUCCUCGCGCUGCGACAGAAGAAAACCAGCGGUGCCAACGCCGGCCCCGAAAGUGAAAAAGAGGAGUCCGCUCACGAGACGCUUCCGAAGCCGGUCUUUCGGUCGUACAAGCCCGAAGACGAGACCCUCAGAGAGGCCACGCUGCCCGAGGUGUCGCCGGUCUCCAUCGAGGGCGAGAUCAAGGAGCGGAUUGCAGUCGCCACGCCGGAAGACCUCGUCAAAGAAGUCGAUCUGUCGUCGCUGGCGCCGCGUAAACCCGACUGGGAUCUGAAAAGAGACGUCUCCAAGAAGUUGGACAAGCUUGACAAGAGGACGAAGCGAGCCAUCGCGGAGCUGAUCCGCGACCGGCUUCGGGAAACCGGUGGGAAUCAGGACCUAGCUGCCGCCGUGAACACGGCGAGCGGACCGCAAGCUGCCGAUUCGGACGAAGACUGA